AUGGCGCCAAAGCGAAAGAAAGCUGGAUUUCAACCUUCUGUUUCAUUUGAUGAAAUUGUUCCCGAGAUUGAAGAUGAGAUCGUCGAGGAGUAUGCACAACAGUUAGGUGACGAUACCGAUCUUCAUUUGGAGAGGUUACCCGAUGUGUUGGAUAACUUGAACAUUCCUAACUGCUUCACCAAGGAUAUCAAAGGUGCAGUUGAUUAUUAUUAUCAAUUCAUUCACGAUAGAAACUACGAAAUCAACAAUAGCAAUUUCAAGCAAAGAAUUACACUAGAAAUGAUGUUAUCAUUUACCAUUACAAGCUCUACUCACACAACAGAAGAUAUUUCCGAUAUCAUAGACAUCGACAAACUCAUAAGAAAUUUAAACAUCCUAAUAAAGUUUCGAGAUAACCACCAACAUAUUCUAUCAAGUUGGAAGUUGCUAAUUCAAGAAUCAGGUGAAACACCAUCAAAUGUUGAAACUUUCCAAUUGACACUUCCUGGAUUGAAAAAUGUCAAGACAUCGUUGAAUUUAGAUAAUGAUCCUCAAACUAAAGUGCCAUUAAAUGAUGGGUUUUUAAUUGAUAUGUUGGGAUGUUGUCAACAUGAUGCAAAGGAACAGUUGAUCAACUAUUCAUUUGAUAAACAAGGUGCAGUUGUUACGAUCAAGGACUUUGCUGUUAUUUUGGGUAAACUUGGUGAACUAGAUGACGCGGAGUAA